AUGACCGCAGAUGUGGAUUUCACCUCUGUCCUGUUUCAAAGAAACUGGCAUGUGGAUUUCCUCCAUGGUGCUAUAUCCCUGGCAGUCCAAUCUAAGGAAGUGUCAGGAUUUGAAAGAUUUGUUCAGAUGAGGAACCCUCUUUUGCAUAAGGGAGAUGGCUUCUUGAAAGAGAUCUGGCAACAACUGUUUGAUUGUCUGAUUCCAAACUCUUCCACUGAGUCAGUGGACCAGAAUAUCUGCACUGGAGUGGAAAGAUUGGAGGAUCUUCCUAUGACUGUUUUUGAAACAAGGAUGACUGCCCACAGUUACUGUGUCUACAAUGCUGUCUAUGCUGUUGCACAUGCUUUGCAUGCCCUGUAUUCAUCCAUAGACCAUCAAAGAUCAGGAAUGACAUGGAAAAUUAUGAAACAACAGCUGUGGAAGCUUCACCAUUUUCUGAGACGAGUUUCAUUUAACAACAGUGCUGGGGACAAGAUUUCCUUUGAUGAAAAUGGUGAAUUUGUAACAGGAUUCGAUAUCAUAAACUGGGUCACCUUCCCAAACCAGUCUUUCCUUAGAGUUAAGGUGGGAAGCAUCGAUCGAGAUGGAUUCUCGCGUCACCUGCUGACCAUUUCAGAGGAUAACAUCAUCUGGCCUACUUGGUUCAAUCAGGUAUUGCCUCUUUCCCUCUGUAAUGAUAAUUGCCCCUCAGGUUACCGAAAGACCCCCAAAGAAGGAAAACCAUUUUGUUGCUAUGAUUGCAUCCCAUGCCCACAGGGAAAGAUCACAAAUCAGACAGAUAUGGACCAAUGCUUCCAGUGCCCAGAAGAUCAGUAUCCCAACAAUAAGAAGAAUUUUUGUCUUCUCAAAUACAGAACAUACCUCUCUUAUGAAGAAACAUUAGGAAGCAGCUUGAUGACAGUGGCCAUUAUUCUUUCUUUGACUACAAUUUCUGUACUAGGAGUGUUCCUGAAGUACCACAACACUCCUAUCAUCAAGGCCAACAACCGCAGCCUCUCCUACACCCUCCUCAUCUCCCUCCUCCUCUCCUUUCUUUGUCCUCUGCUUUUCAUUGGCAGGCCCAUGACAGUGACCUGUCUCCUUCGACAGACUGCUUUUGGGAUCAUCUUCUCAGUGGCUGUUUCUUGUAUAUUGGCCAAAACCAUCACUGUGGUUCUUGCCUUCAUGGCCACCAAGCCAGGAUCAAAGAUGAGGACAUGGGUUGGGAAAAGACUGGCCCUUUCCAUUGUUCUCUCCUGCUCCCUCAUUCAAACCCUCCUUUGUACUGUGUGGCUGGCCACCUCACCCCCUUUCCCAGACUUUGAUAUGCACUCGUUUGUUUCUGAAAUCAUUGUGGAAUGCAAUGAAGGGUCAGUUGCUAUGUUUUAUAGUGUCUUAUCUUUUAUGGGCUUCCUGGCUAUGGUCAGCUUUAUUGCAGCUUUCCUAGCUAGGAAAUUACCAGACAGUUUCCAGGAAACGAAGUCUAUUACCUUUAGCAUGCUUGUUUUUUGCAGCGUGUGGUUGUCAUUUGUCCCUGCCUAUAUGAGCACCAAAGGAAAAUAUACGGUAGCUGUGGAGAUCUUCUCCCUCUUGGCUUCCAGUGCUGGGCUCCUGACUUGUGUUUUUUCCCCCAAAUGCUACAUCAUCAUUGUGAGGCCUGAUUUGAAUAAAAGAGAGCAUCUAAUAAAGAGAAUUAUUUAA